GAGGGCCACCGCCAGCUCCCCUCCGAGACCCAGAGAGAAGAGGCCCCGGGCAGCCCGGUGGGAAUAGUGGAGUGAACUGGAUUGAACUCCAUGAAGUAUGAUUCUAAGGGAUAGCUGGUUUUGCGCUCACUGGGCAUGGCAGACCACAAGAAGAUGCUUGGUUGUACUUGCUGUCUUGUUAUUACAUACGUCUAGUCUGGAAGGCAGAAAAUCGCAUCAGUUUGUCUGGAAGACAGGUCAUUGGGGACGUUGCAUAGGUGACUGUGGUUCAGGUGGUGUUCAGAGUCGGGUGGUCUGGUGUGUUCAUUCAGAAGGCUGGACAACUCACCAUUCAAACUGUGAACAGACUGACAGACCAGAAAGCCAGAGAAGCUGCUUUAAGAUAUGUGACUGGCAUCUUGAACUCUUUGAGUGGGACGUUUCAGAAUGGCACAUGUGUGUUCUAGUUCCUUUUGUCCAUGGUGAAAUGAAGCCAAGGACUUCAGAGUGUGUAACCGCACAGCACGGAUUACAGCACCGGCAUGUACAGUGUAUACAAAAGUUGAAUAGAACAGUAGUUGCAAGUGACAUCUGUGAAUAUUUUAGUCCCCAGCCACCCAUGGAACAAGCUUGUCUAAUACCUUGUCCACGGGAUUGUGUAGUAUCAGAAUUCUCCUCCUGGUCUGUAUGUAGUGGACAUUGUGGAAAGAGUUUACAGUACAGAACCCGUUCUGUUAUAGCUCCUCCACUCUAUGGUGGAACAAAAUGUCCAAAUCUUACUGAAUCAAGGAUUUGUGAUGCUUCCAUCUCUUGCUCUCAUGGGGAAGAAGAAUAUACCUAUAGCCUCAAAGUUGGACCAUGGAGUAAAUGUCGGCUGCUUCACCUUAAGGAAAUGAAUAUGAUUGGGAGAACUAUGUUGGAUUUCAGUUCAGAUUCUACAGAGCGGAGCAGUUUCAAACUUCAGGUAGUUGAGGAUCUGCAACAUUUUCACAGAUAUAGGUCCCAUUACAGUUCUAAGCCCUUGGAUAUAGAAAUUGGAUAUCAAACGAGGCAGGUGAGGUGUACAAGAAGUGAUGGGAAAAAUGCAAUGCUGAGCUUGUGUGUGCAAGAAACCAUGCCCUUGACCUUUCAGUCCUGUGUUAUGCCUAAAGACUGUGAGAUGUCAGAUUGGUCUUCGUGGAGCUCCUGCUCAAAGACUUGCCACUCAGAGGACCUCUCACCAGGAUUCCGAAGCAGAACUCGGAGUAUAAAACAUAUUGCCGUUGGAGGUGGUCGAGAAUGUCCUGAAACAGAAGAAAGAGAGGCUUGUAACACCCAUGCUGGAGGAGAACAUCUUCAUCCUUGCCCAAGAUACUUAUGGAAAACCUCUGAAUGGAGGGAUUGUGAUGUUACUCUUCUGCUAGAACAGCAGGACCCGCGACAUGAUAAACAGGCAGCCCUUUGUGGAGGUGGGAUACAGGUUCGAGAAGUUUACUGUUCUCAGACCUCAUUGGAUGAAACACACAAACUAAAGGAAGUGACUAGACCUGUUGAAAAAAAGCAAUGUCUUGCUCCUGCUCCCCCGGCUUCUCAACUCUGCAGUAUUCCUUGCCCUCCUGAAUGCCUGGUUUCUUCCUGGUUGCCAUGGGGCCCUUGCAUUCAUGAAAACUGCCAAGACAUUCAAGGGAGAAAAGGUUUCAAAAUGAGGCACAGACACAUUAUUGUGGAACCAAUAGGUACUUCUGACAACUGUCCACACUUGAUAGAAUCUAUUCCAUGUGACAAUCCAGGAUGUUAUGAAUGGAUUAUUUCAGAAGGAUUCUGUUUACCCUAUAAUGGAAUAUGUGGGCCAGGAAGUCGUGUUGUACAUGCUCAGUGCAAGAACAACAAAGGUGAGGAUGUAUCAGAUGAUUUUUGUGCUGAUAGUCCUUCACCUUCCAGAACAGCGACUUGUGAAGUACCAUGUGCAAUGGACUGUGUUCUGACUGAAUGGUCACAGUGGUCAUCUUGUUCCCACUCAUGCUCCAGUAAAAAUGCAGAAGGGAGACAAAGCAGAACAAGAUCUAUACUGGCCUUACCAGGAGAAGGUGGAAAAUCAUGUCCUCCUGCUCGUGCGCUACAAGAAUAUCGCCUGUGUAAUGAUCACUCUUGCAACUUGGUCUACUGGGAAACAUCCACAUGGAGCCCCUGUUCAGAAAAUAUCUUGAUAACAGCUCUGAAUGCUACAAUGAAAUGGAAUGGCGAGGCAACCUGCGGAGUGGGUAUGCAGAUGAGGAAAGUCUUGUGUGUGAAGAACAAUUCUGGCCAGAUCCCAGCCAAAAGGUGCCCAGAAUCCAUCAGACCAGAAACAGUUCGCCCAUGUCUGCUUCCAUGCAAAAAGGAUUGUGUAGUAACCCCUUUCAGCGAGUGGACACACUGCCCUACUACCUGCCAGCUGGGUAAUGGUACAACAACAAAACAGUCCCGCUAUAGGAUUAUAAUUCAAGAAGCUGUUAAUGGAGGACAGGAAUGUCCAGACACCUUGUUUGAAGAAAGAGAAUGUGAAGACGUCCAUCUUUGUCCUAUGUAUAGCUGGAAAGUCCACAAGUGGAGUCAAUGUGUACUGGUGCCAGAUUCUAUAAGACAAGGUAUCUUGGGUGUCAAUGAAGCAUGUGGUCAUGGUUUGCAGUCAAGAGUUGUUACAUGCCUCUUGGAAAGUAACCAUUCAGUUGAUGUGAGUGAAUGCUUGAAGUGGGCAGAGCCUGUGCCUUCCCUUGUCCAGGACUGCCUGAUUCCUUGCAAAGAUGACUGCACAUUCACCCCUUGGUCUAAAUUUACAGCAUGUGCUUCAGACUGUGAAUCAACUCGAAUCAGAAGACGAACCCUUACAGGAAGAAGCAGAAAGCGAGACAAGUGUCAGAAUACAGAAGUAUAUCCUCAAGUUGAAACUGAACCCUGCCCCUGCACAGUCUUUACCACCCGGCCCCAUGGAAAUUGGUCAGAAUGCAUCAUUGCUGUAGGAAAAAUGGAACUACAGUUAGAACGGAGAUUUCACGGACAUGCCAAAGAGUGCGGAGAAGGUGUCCGCUUCCAAGCCCUUGCCUGCUAUGAUAAGACCGGCAGACUUGUGGAACCGUCCCUCUGCAACCAUUCAGGCUACAUUGAACAGCCUUGUAUGGUACCUUGCCCAUUUGAUUGCAAGUUAAGUGACUGGUCCAGUUGGGCACCUUGCAGUUCAUCUUGUGGAACAGGAGUGAAAAUUCGAUCCAGGUGGCUGAAGGAAAAGCCUUACAAUGGAGGACGUCCUUGCCCCAAACUUGAUCCUAAGAAUCAGGUGUAUGAGGCAGUUCCAUGUUAUAGUGAAUGCAGUCGGUAUUCCUGGAAAGUAGAACCAUGGUCUCCAUGUGAAAUCAACAGUGAGCAAAACUCUCUUCACUGUGGAGGUGGAAUACAAACUAGGAAAAUCAGAUGUGUAAACACCACUGAAGAGGGUGAUGAAGAGACUAUAGCCAACAUGCUAUGUAAUCAGUUUGAAAUUCCUGUUGAAACACAAAAAUGUAUCCUCUAUUGUCCUGGUGAGUGUGCUGUGUCUUCAUGGAGUCACUGGAGCCAAUGUUCACAGCCAUGUGACCCCAACAUCAUGCAAACACGGACUCGGCAUGUGUUGCGAUCUCCUUUAAAAUCCAAGACCUGCCCUGAAAGUUCACAAAUGCGACCUUGUGUUCUGAACCAAAAUUGCUUUCAUUAUCACUACAAUUUAACAGACUGGAGCACAUGCCAAUUAAAUGAAAAUGCAACUUGUGGACAAGGAAUUAGGAAUCGUCUUCUGAGCUGUGUACGUAGUGAUGGGAAAGCUGUGAAUAAGAACUAUUGUGAGCAGCUAAAUUUGGAGAAACCCGAAAAAGUUAUUAUUGACUGCCAUGUAGAAUGUGUAGUAAACUGCCAACUUUCUGAGUGGUCAGCCUGGUCAGAAUGUUCUCACACAUGUGGCUUUGCAGGUCAGAUGCUACGUACCAGAUCUAUAAUUAUGCCAGUACAGGGAGAAGGAAGACCCUGUCCAGCUGAGCUCACCCAGUACCGAAGCUGUGUCAUAAAACCCUGCUACAGCUGGAUCCUUGGAGAAUGGUCACCAUGCAAAGUCGAGGGUGGACAGUGUGGUGAUGGCAUCCACGUACGGAACCUCACAUGCAUGGUACAUGAUGGAUCUUUAUCAGCAUCAUCUAAACAAGUAGAAAGCACAUUCUGUGGAGAGCUUCCUUCUAAAGAUGGUGCCCUGAAACUCCCAUGUUCUGUGCCUUGCCCAGGUGAUUGUCAUUUAACAGACUGGUCAGAGUGGAGUUCCUGUGAAUUGACAUGCAUAGAUGGUCGAAGUUUUGAAACUAUGGGUCGUCAGUCUCGGUCAAGAACAUUUAUAAUUCAGUCUUUUGAAAACCAAGACAGCUGCCCUGAACAAGAGGUGGCGACUCGGCCUUGCUCCGGUGGGAAAUGUUAUAAUUAUGUAUGGAAAACAAGUCUUUGGCAAGAUAAUGAACGCACAGCAUGGUGCCAGCGAUCAGAUGGGGUGAAUGUCACAGGAGGCUGUUCUAUUCAGAUGCAGCCAGCCACAACCAGGCAUUGUAACCCAGCCUGUAGGAAGCCCUUCUCUUACUGCACACAGACUGGUGUCUGUGGCUGUGAGAGAGGCUAUACAGAAAUAAUGAGAUCAAAUGGUUUCCUGGAUUACUGCAUGAAGAUACCUGGUCUAGAAGAUAAGAAAGCUGAUGUUAAAACGAAUGCAGCAAAACAUAAACCUGUCAACUCAAAAAUGCAUGACAUUUUCAAAGGAUGGUCAAUUCAGCCUUUUAACCAAGAUGGAAGACUAAAAAUCUGGGUCUAUGCAGUAUCAGCUGGUGGCUUUCUCAUUCUAGUUUCCAUGAUUUUCACCUCAUAUCUUCUUUGUAAAAAGCCAAAACAGCAACAACCUGUUCCUCCACAACAGAAGUGUCUGACUUUAGCCUAUGAUGGAGAUGUUGAUAUGUAACCUAGAAAGAAAAUCCAAAUGUAGACAUCAGCUGCCUUAACUGCUUCUCUCUGCUCCUUAAAAAAGGAAUGAAAUGUCUCCGUUUGACUAUUGUUUUGAUCUUUCUUUUUGGAAAAAAUUCACAACAUCUGAUACAAGCAGGUAGAAUACAAUUAGCAAACUUCAUUUUGCCUCUUAGUUUAUCUAAAAGACAACAUUAAAGGACCUUCUGUGUCUCUGAGACCCUUUACCCAAAUAGAACUGCAGAAAUGCAUCACGUCCGGUUUAUCAACGGGAAUAAGAAGAAACACGUAAUUCUACUGAUUUUUACCUUCAAAAGCAUGACAAUCCUGUGGAAAAAAGGUGACAUUUUCUUUGAAGAACAGGUUGGACACUACAUUCUUAUGCACUAUAUUAGUGCAGUCUUCUUUAUUCUUCACCACCUUCAACAAUAAGUUUUCUAGUGUUUACCUUUCAUUUGGAACUAGUAAAGCUGAUUCAUAUGUUCUCCAAAAAUAUCUGGAUUUGCCUUGGUUUUCAAAAUUACUAGGUUUCUUAGAUGAGACUCUGAUUUCUAUUCCUUUGGAGGAGCUGGGUAAUAGACAUUAUCGAAAAUUUUAGGAUAAUAAGAUCCAGAUGGCUUUCUAACGGUGCAGGGUUUUGUUUUGUUUUUAAGUACAAGGUGGACAAAAAUUUUUGAUGAAUAAGGAAAUGAUGAGUGCUCAAAGAUAUAUUUUAAAUUAGUAUUAAGCCAUUUAGAUACAUUUUUAACCAUUGAAAACUGUAAUUAUGUUUCUUUAAUAUGAAUUCUGCUUUUGUAAUUUAAAUUUUAUUAUCUGGAAUAUUUGUAAAUUCUUUUUUUAAGGUUUAUUCUCUGACCUUAUUUAUUAUACAUUCAACAUACACAUACAAACUGUUUGUAGAAGGUCUUGCUUUUUAAAAAAGUUUCCAAGUCUACAUUCUGAACAUCUCGAAGAAGAUUAGUGUUUGUAAUAGUAUGUGUUGCAAGUAAGAAAGUGCCAUCUUGUGGUAUUGACAUGUAUUUAUACACAAAUAAAAAGCUAAAGAG